AUGCAGUCCAGCACCUUGCCGGUGUCGAGCACGACUGCCACUGCACGACUCGAAAGAAGCCAUCCAGGAGUGCGCCGCUCGACACCUGACUCCGAUGCGCUGGCCUCCUCGGACGACGAUGGAGACCACAUCCCUCUCACCCAGACUAUCACGGCGCCCGCGACGAAGCCUGUGCGCCGUACCUCAUGGCUGAACGAGAUACCACUUUCUGCCCAGCGCAAGCAUUCUUUGUCCGGAGGCCCGCUCACAUCUGCGCCCUCCAAUCCCGUGAGCCCUUCCACUGAACAAGGACCUUGGAGUGCAAACACCACCAGCCCCGGGCUCAGUGGCUCGUUCAAUUGGAACCAAGCUGGAGGCAGCUCCUUCCCAUGGGGUACUGGCAUCUGGAACUCAGAGUCCCGUAAGGAACCUCCGUCACGCCUGUCUGAGAUCGUCCCGUCUCCCACCAUGACCACACCAGUCCCCACGAGUGGUCCGCUCGGCGAGGAGAUGCUCAGCCCAAUCACUCGAACGAUCUCCGGUGAAUCGGCUAUUCCGUUCUCAAUCCCGCUGCAUCCAACUCCGAAGACAUACCGUUCGCAGUCCUACUCGGUUGGGCAGAUGGAUCCCGAGUACUUAGGGAUGGUUGCCAGUAAGUCUGGUACCGGUGCACAGUAUCCUACUGGCCGCCCCCGAGGCCCCGGUCAAUUGUCAUCUGGCCAGCCACGCGCAUCGCGACCCAGUGUACUCGGUGAGCUCGGGCAUGACCCUGCCAUGCUCGGUCGUGUUCAAGAGGACGACGAUGGCGAUGAGAGCCUCAAUGGCUCUGACGGUGACACCAGCUACUCCGCUAGCCAAGCUCGCACCAUUGAACAACUGGCCCGUGAAAAUGCAAUUCUCCGCCAACAGGCCGCUGCAGGCCAGAUGGAUAGCCGAUUCCGUGAUCGUGCAGCUUCAUCUGCCUCAGUCGUGAGCGGUAUCCACUCUGGUCACCGCAUCCGCGGGGGUGUUCCAGAAGAAGAUCUGGCCGUUGAGGAGCUGGGUGAAUUACGUGAUAUUCAAGGCUAUGGCAACGCUCGCAGCGGCACCCGACGGCGCUUCUCAGAGCAUUCAUCCAAUCUUGAACCACAGUUCUCUGCGUUUGCCACACCCCUUGAGAACCGCGCCUUGGAAAAUGUGCAGUCGCCGUCACUCCUUCGCCGACAUCCCUAUGCGCCACAGCUCGGUCGACUCACAAGCAACGGCGACCCCCGGGCCGCGCUCGGAGAUCGCGAUGAAGGAUAUGGCAAUAUUGCGGAAUAUCCCACACAACAACCCUACUAUUCCCGCGAGCAGACAUUGCGCGGAGAUGGUUCUUCAGGGAUCCCCGCCUCUCUUAACCAGUACACCAUGUCUGGUGCGUAUGGCCGUCAGCCAGGAGCUCUGUCGCACGGUCAUCAGAACCAGCUUCUGUACAUCGUUACCUUCAAGUGCCACCGUGCCGACGUCUUCUACAUCCAAGAAGACACUGGCCUCCAGGUGAAAGCUGGUGAUCUUGUCAUCGUCGAAGCAGACCGAGGCACGGACUUGGGCACGGUGCAACAUGCAAACAUCUCUCUGCAGAGGGCACGAGAGCUGAAACAGCAGUAUGCCGAGGAACAUUACAAGUGGCUCAUGAUGUUCUCUCGUCAGGGACAGCUAGAGGGCUCGACUGCCGGCAGUACAGGCUUGACUGCUCGCAGUGCCACGGGUGGCAUGGGUCCUCAUGCUCAUGGCGUCCAGGAGACCGCCACUGAUAUCAAACCCAAGCUGAUCAAGCGUCUCGCGCAGAACCACGAGAUUCUCACUCUGCGCGACAAGGAAGGCAAUGAGGCCAAGGCUAAAAGGGUCUGUCAGCAAAAGGUUUCUGAGCACCGACUGAACAUGGAGAUCCUGGAUGCGGAGUUCCAAAUGGACUGGAAGAAGCUCACCUUCUACUAUUUCGCUGACUCGUAUAUCAACUUCAAUUCCUUGGUCACCGACCUGUUCAAGAUCUAUAAGACCCGGAUCUGGAUCCAGGAUGCUGCGCAGCCUGACCGUCGUCAACAGCACGAUGCACGUGCUUACCCCGGAGGACGUGACGACGUUGGACGCGAGGGCAUGGCCAAUCCAGUGGGAAUGAUCCGAUCCGCAUACGCAGAUACGUAUCCGUCUUUCCCUCCGCCAUCGCGGCACGUCGAUGCCGCUGCCGCUGACCCCUUCGCCCCCUACUCGCCUACUGGCUUCGGUAAUUUGGAGGCAGGAUUCUCCGAUUACCAAGUUGGCGCUAUGGGUUCGAACGGUGCAGCCCGGAUGCCACCCGCACAGGGGGAGUGGGUGAGCCGGUUCCAGGGUCUAUCGCUCAAUUCAUGA